GGAGAGGUGGGGGCCCAGAAGAGGAGGAGGGGCAGCUUGGACGUGGUCAGCCUCGGCCGGGGACCCACAGAGCGCCCACCUGCCUCUGAGCUGCGGCGCCAGGGUGUCCGCGCGUCCGCCAGGGGCUCCAACAUCCGCGCGGGUUAGCGAGAGGACGGAGGAGAGGCACAGCGGGGGCUGACGCCGCCGCCCUUCAGUCCCAGGUUUUCGCGCGUCCGCAGCUGGCCGGCUUUUCCAUCAGCUCUCGGUUUCCCAGCCGCGGACCGAGCCGCGCCCCGGGCAGGCGGCGCUGCGAGCGCGGGGCUGAGAGCCGGCCGCCCCCUCGCCUGCCUCCGAGUACCUGCUGUGCGCCCUCGUAGCGCGUCUCCAGCGGGCAUGUUUCAGGUGGGCAGGUCCAGCGUCCCCAAACCUGCCCCCCGGAGCCUGGAGGACCUGGACUCUGUGCAGCGCGUGCUCUUACACAGUGACCUUGAGCCUGAAUGGCUGGACAGUGUGCAGAAAAAUGGAGAGCUAUUUUAUUUGGAACUGAGUGAGGAUGAAGAAGAAAGCCUCCUUCCCGAGACACCUGUUGUGAACCAUGUCAGGUUCAGUGAAACCGAGAUUAUUAUAGAAGAGGAUGACUACAAAGGGAAAAAGUACGAACCCAAACUCAAGCGGUUUACCAAAAUUUUAAAAAGUAAAAGACUUUUACCCAAGAGCCGUAAUAAAAAAAAUAGCAGUGACAGUGGGCCUGUCUCCAUUCUCAAGCAUCAGUCCACUCAGAAAGCAGGAAUCGUUGUCCAACAGAGGUACAAAGAUGUGAGUGUUUAUGUGAACCCCAAAAAGCUGACUGUCACCAAAGCCAAAGAACAGCUGAAGCUUCUGGAAGUGCUGGUUGGGAUCAUCCAUCAGACCAAGUGGAGCUGGAGAAGGGCCGGGAAACAGGGCGCUGGAGAGAGGCUUGUGGUCCAUGGCCUGCUCCCAGGAGGCUCUGCCAUGAAGAGUGGCCAGAUACUCAUUGGUGAUGUCCUUGUUGCUGUGAAUGAUGUUGACGUGACCUCUGAGAACAUAGAGAGAGUUCUGUCUUGCAUUCCUGGACCUAUGCAGGUGAAACUGACAUUUGAAAAUGCAUAUUCUGUGAAAAAGGAAACGACUCAACCAAGACAGAAGAAGGCACAGUCAAACACAGGAGAUUUAGUCAAACUUCUAUGGGGAGAAGAGGGUGAAGAUACCGAGCAGAAUGUCCUAAACACUCCUCAUGUCGUUAUGUAUCUCACGCUAGAGCUGGAUUCAGAGACGUCAAAGGAGGAGCAGGAAAUUCUUUAUCAUUAUCCAGUAUCCGAUGCAUCUCAGAAACUUAAAAGUGUGAGAGGGAUAUUUCUCACCCUCUGUGACAUGUUGGAAAAUGUAACUGGGACACAAGUUACUAGCUCAUCCCUUCUUUUAAAUGGGAAAAAAAUUCAUGUGGCUUACUGGAAAGAAUCUGACAAGUUGUUGUUAAUUGGCCUGCCUGCUGAAGAAGUGCCUCUUCCUCAGUUAAGGAAUAUGAUAGAAGAUGUUGCCCAGACCUUAAAAUUUAUGUAUGGUUCUUUAGAUAGUGCCUUUUGCCAGGUUGAGAAUGUUUCUUGUUUGGAUCCCUUUUUCGACUUGUUCUUUCAAAGAGCACUGCAGCCUGCCAGACUGCAUCCCAGCGCUAGUCCCAGCGCGCAGCAGUACGAGGCCUCCAGCGCGGUGCUUCUGGACAACCUCCCUGGCGCACGGUGGCUCCCCCUGCCACAGGAGAUCAAGAUGGAAUUAGACACGGCAUUGAGUGACUUGGAGGCUGCAGAUUUUGCAGAACUGUCUGAGGAUUACCAUGACAUGAGGCGGCUGUAUACGAUUUUAGGGUCAUCUCUAUUUUACAAGGGGUAUUUGAUAUGCAGCCAUUUGCCCAAGGAUGAUCUCAUUGAUAUUGUUGUCUACUGUCGCCACUAUUGCCUGCUGCCUUUAGCAGCAAAACAAAGAAUUGGUCAGCUGGUCAUAUGGAGAGAAGUGUUUCCUCGACACCAUCUCCAGCCUCCUACAGACUCAAACACUGAAGUCUUUCAGGAACCUGAAGGGAGAUACUUUUUGCUAAUUGUUGGCUUGAGGCAUUAUAUGUUAUGUGUGCUGUUAGAAGCUGGAGGCUGUGCAUCCAAAGCUAUUGGGAAUCCUGGACCAGACUGUAUAUAUGUGGACCAGGUUAAAACAACUCUUCAGCAGCUGGAAGGAAUCGAUUCCCGCAUAAAUGAACGACUGGCAUCUUCUCCAAGUCCCUGCUUGUCUUGUGCUGACUGGUUCCUUGCUGGAUCACAUGAAAAAUUAGAUGGUUUGACAACCUCACCUAUCCUUAGUAGGCUGCAAGGUGCUUCCAAAGUAGCAACCUCUCCAACAUGCCGAAGAACUCUUUUUGGUGACUAUUCUGUAAAAACACGUAAGCCCAGUCCUUCCCGAAGCAGUGGAGGAUCUGACAAUGGUUGCGAAGGUGGAGAAGGUGUUGGCUCAAGCCCCCAUGCUACACCGGAUGCAAUACGGAAGCAAAGAGAAUCUCAGGGCUCUGAUGGUUCAGAAGAAAGUGGGGCCUUGUCGAAGGUCACUAAAAAGAAGUCAACUCUUCCAAAUCCAUUUCAGUUGGGGAAUGUGAAAAAAGACCUUUCAGAAAAAGAACUGGAAAUAUGUAACACAAUGAAGUUGACAUCUGGUCCUGAGAACACACUUUUCCACUAUGUUGCCUUAGAAACAGUACAAGGCAUCUUUAUUACUCCGACCCAUGAAGAGGUGGCCCAGCUAAGUGGCUCUAUCCACCCUCAGCUAAUAAAGAAUUUCCAUCAGUGUUGUCUCUCCAUUCGUGCAGUUUUCCAACAGACCUUGAUGGAAGAGAAAAAGAAAGCACUAAAUGUUGGAGAUCAUUCUGGUUCUACAAAUUCAGUGACUUCUCUAAACCCUGUGAAAGAACAUGGUGUAUUGUUUGAAUGCUCACCUGAAAACUGGACUGAUCAGAGAAAAGCACCACCGGUCAUGGCUUACUGGGUAGUAGGGAGACUCUUUCUUCAUCCCAAAGUUCAAGAACUUUACGUUUGUUUUCAUGACUCAGUCACAGAAAUUGCCAUCGAAAUGGCUUUUAAAUUGUUCUUCGGAUUAACCUUGUAACCUUGUUUUCUUGCUGCACAACAACACUGUACAUGGAGCACUGGGCGGCGUUAGGACGGCUGAAAGCCACACACAAAAGACAAGGUUUAGUUCUUUUCACUGUUCAGUAUUGAACAUAACAUUAAAUAUCGAGCUGAUAUGCUGCUGUGGGAUUUGAUGCACUAGAUCUCUUUCUUAUGUAGUCUUGUGAGACUUUUGAAAAGACACUUGAUCAAAAUAUGAAAAGGCAUUGCUCAUUUAUUUCCAUUUUGGUAUAUAAUAUUAAUUUAUUGACUAGUUUGAAAUAAUGUGAAGUGUUUUACAUAAAAUUAAUAUUGGAAAUAAUUAUAUCAGAAAAAUACCGUGGUAUGUAUUUUUCUCAAGAUUAAUAUUGGUAUCUGGUGAGAGAAUCAUGAAAUUGGGAAUCAUGAAAUACGGAACCAGGUCCUCUAACUAAUUAGUGCUGUGACCAUGAACGAGUCUUUGUGCCUCUCUGAGCUCUGGCCAUUAAAGUAUCGUGGGUAUUAAGGCACUUUGUUUAAAAGUAUUAAAUGUCUUAAAUUUCUUGAUAUGUCGCCCAAAACACCAUGAGCUAUUUUUCAUACUGAGAAUUAUUAAUAAAUGCAGCUAUUGAUUACCUCACAUUUUCAAACAGACUGAAAACUUGGGGUUUUAUCUUAGCAGACUUUUUGUUUCAUUUAAGACAUUUCAGUCUGUUGAACUGCUUUCCUGGUAUCAAAGAAUCACGAAACCACUGCUCAAUAGCUGAAAUAAAAAAACAAACUACUGAUCUUCAUAAGAGGAAAUCAUUUGCUAUAUUGUAGAUAUAUGUCCAUGUUGCAGAGACAUUGCAUUUUUAAGAAAUAAAACCAAACAUCGUCUUGGUUUCCAUCUGUAAAUGGGAAUUGAAGUAAACAUUAUAAGUAAACUUAGCAGUCCAUUUUUCCAACUACUAGGUUCAAAUUCAUAUCCGAAAGUAGAUCAAUCUGAUUACUGGAUAGUAAGUGUCUAUAUGUGAUUUUAUUAAAUAAAGGGGACAGAGUAACAGUGCAGAUACUCCAGAGGUAUACUCUUUAGCAGGUACAGAAACAUUCAGAAGUUGGAUUUUGUUCACAUCCUGCAAAUGGUCCCUUUCACCAAAGACUAGGCAAAAUUAUAUAAAUUCCAUUUUAAAAGAUAUCAAGUACUGUCUUAUCUCCAUCAUCUAUUUUGUUUUUGGCUCUCCAGAAUUCCAUUUUAGAUUCUAUCCCCUCUCCUCCCUCCCUCACCUUUCUUUAGUUCUCAUUGGUUUGUUUAUUUUUGUGGGAUUAGAGAACUGUACUUAGCAAGGGAGAGUUUCUUAUUUGUGCCAAGGGACUGUUGAUGGUGAUGCAUACAGGCAAGAUACUACAUUUGCAGUGCCUGCUUUUUUAGGUUUUUAAUACAAAUGGGAAAACCUAUGAAACAAUUUACUAGGUUUCUCUGCUUUGAACACUCUUGAAAACACACUCGUGAAUAAUUGUUUGUUGUCUGUGUGAGUUUCCUCUAAAUAGUGCCCAUUACAGUAGCUAAAGUGUUAGCUACUACUACUAUUAUUCUUAAAUAUCCAUUUGUUGAAAACCAAGGAGUCAGCUAAAUCAUACCUACUACUGUACGAAAUGUGGGAAAGAAGCUGAGGAAAAGUAUUCAGCACAAUACUUCUGGGAAUAAGGAUUUAUACUUUGGAUAUUUUAAAAAUGUUAUUAAAUUUUACUAAAACUUUUAA